AUGACUACAGUAAAUCCAGAAGUAUUCAAAAAAUUCAAGAAUGCAACAUUAAUUACAUCUAGACAAGAAGGAGAUGGUCAUGAAGUACAGGUUGAAGUUCGUGAAGAUGAAGAACAAUCAGUUAAACUGCAAGAAAUAACUGAUAUUCUGGUAGCUGCAGGCUACUUUCGAGCAAGAAUCAAAGGUCUCUCAUCUUUUGAUAAAGUUGUUGGAGGAAUGGUUUGGUGUAUUGAAUCAUGCAAUGUAGAUAUAGAUGUUGAUCUCUUGUUUCAAGAGAAUUCCACAAUUGGCCAAAAAAUUGCCCUCACAGAAAAAAUUGUAGCUGUCUUACCUAAGAUCAAAUGUCCACACAGGAUUGAACCACAUCAGAUCCAAGGCUUAGAUUUCAUUCAUAUCUUUCCUGUUAUACAAUGGCUAGUAAAAAGAUCAAUGGAGUUUCGUCAAGAAAUGUCAGCUUCUGUGAGGUCUUAUGCAGUGAAUCAAUUUUCCAAGCAAUUUGAAGUGAAAGACAAGAAUGAAGAUGUCAAUAAAAAAAUGCUCUCUAAUUUGCAAACUGUUAAAGAAAUUUACAGACCAAGAAGAUAUUAUAAAAGGAAAAAUGCUCCUCCCCAGGAUAUGAACUCUAGAGUACAGAUAACAUUAUUAGAAUAUGAUCAUCAUGGUAGAGAUUUGCAAGGAACUUCAACCAGUGCUGCCACUAGUGAAUCAGGUGUCUUAGAAACUGAACAAGCAGAGAAACAGAUCCAACAUCUCUUGAAUAAUUUGACAAUUGCUCCAGAGGACUCCUUUGACUGUGAUGAACUGAGUGAGGAAGAGAAAAAAAAUCUGAUGAAACAUUAUGAGUUGUUGCAAUCAGAACUGAAGGAUGGAGGUGUAACAUCUAGAGAAGAAACUCAAACUCUAGCACUAGAGCAGCAGCUACAGCUACUAUCUGAUAGAUGUAGUGAAUUGAAAAACAGAAAAUCUGCCUUGCAAGAAAAAUUGAAAAAUAAUGAAGCUGUGAUUGAAGAAACACAACUCAAACAAAAAGAAGCAAAUAGAAUUUUGAAAGAGCUAGAAAAUGAGGAAAUCCAAGACCCUGACACUGUGAAGGAAAUUGAGGAAAUGAUAAUUUUGAAUGACAACUUGAAAACUCAGGAAAUCCAAUUCAGAAGUGAUUGUAAGAAAGAAUUAGCAAGACUCCAAAACUUGAUACAAGAAACAAAAUCUAUGAAAGCCAGAACUCCAGCUGAAACUAACCUUGAUUUAGGUAAGGAAAUAAAUGAGGAACAAGAAAAAAUUCGAGUCCUGAGGUUACAAGUAGCAAAGAAAAAUAGGCAUGUGGCAGCAUUGCAAAGGCAACUUGACGAUGUUCCCAAUAGGGCUGAACUUGCACAGUACCAGAAAAGAUUUUUGGAAUUGUACAACCAAGUUGCCUCAAAACACAAAGAAACCAAACAAUAUUACACCCUCUACAACACCUUGGAAGAUACUCGCUUGUACAUGAAGAAAGAGUUGUCAUUAUUGAAUUCUGUCUCAGAAAACUAUCCAGAAGCAGUGCAAUCAUCUAGUAAUAAGGAAGAAUUCCUCAAUCAAUUCCAGGGUAUAGUGGAUAGUGUGAGACAGUCCAAAAUGAAGGUUGAACAGAAGGUGAUUGAGGAAAAACAUAAAAGAGAUGAAUUGUGCAACAAUCUCCAAGGAUUGAUUGAAUUGCAGAGAAAAUACGUGGCAGCUGUAAGGCACUUAGGAGUGGAGUUUAGAAAACAGGAGAUAUUGAUUGCACAGAUCCAUGGUCAAGGUUAA